AUGCCAGCUUUAAGUGAAUUUCUUCGAAAAGCACAUGAAGCAUUGAAUAGCCUACGAGGCUUAAAUAAUACAUUCAUCGGUCAAGAUGGUGAUAUCGUUUAUUCACAAAACAAUGUUUGCAUUCAUGAUGUUCGUAAAAACAACGAAAAGGAUACCGAUGAUUCUAUACAUCAUAUUCCUGGAUAUUUGACCUUGCAAUGUCAAAGCGAUGAUGUACUAGGAAUUACUCUUAUCUUGCAAUGGUUACCCAAUGCAACGCUUGAAAAAAAUCCAAGAAGCAUUCGAAGUGUAUCACAAAAAAAUCAAAAUAUUGACGGUACUAAUUAUGAGCAAACGAAAUUUCGGAACACCAAUAAUCAGCUACGAAUAUACCUACAAAGUAGUAGUAACGAUGAUAAUGAUGAUGAUAACGAUGGUAAGAACGAUAAUGAAGAUGACGAUGAAGAUAAUGAAGACGAUGAUGAAGAAGAAGAUGAUGAUGAUGAUGAUGAUGAUGAUGAUNNNGAUGAUGAUGAUGAUGAUGAUGAUGAUGAUAAAACGCAAACUGAUGAUAAUACAAAUGAUGAAUGUAGUCCGAUGAGUGAAAAUGAUAUUAACGUUGAAAUGAACGGUGAUAUGAUAACAGUAACUUCUAUGAAACGAAAGCCAUAUUUAUUCAUGUCAUCGGAAAAAUCGGAAACUUUGAAAGUGCCAACAAUCAACGUGAUACCAAAUACACCAGUCGAUUCUUCUUCAAUCGAUGAAAAGGAAACAGAUAGCAGUUCAGCAACAACUUCUGGUGCUGAUGAAUUCUCUGACAAGGAUGAAUUGGUAAUCAGAAGCUCAUCAUCAGAUGAUCUCGAUUGCCAAAAUAUAGAACAAUGUCAAAAGGAAUCAAUUUCAAAAACUUCACAUUUAAAUAUGCUACAACAAUAUCGUGAAAAGUGUGAGCAUUUAUGCAAAAUAACACCCGAACAAUUUGCAAUUGCACAUAAUUUGAUGUUAGAAAAUGAUAGCCAACUUGAUGAUGAUGAUGAUGAUAAUGAUGGAGCAGUAUCGGUUAACGGUAAAAUGAGAUCAAUGCGUUUAUUUUUUACCGCUAAUGAUUUAACUUCUGGACAAUUUGUUAUUGCUACAUGGGAUUCACAUUACAAAAUUUUACACUUUCAUCAUGGCGGAUUGGAUAAAUUAGCACAAUUACUUGAGCAAUGGAAUGCUAUUAAAUUAAAAGCUGUUAAAGAUGGUUCACCUUCACCGAUACCGAAUCGGCAAUUUUUAGUCUGCCAGCCGAAAGUAAAUAAAAUGGAACUUGAUCCAGAAGAAGGUUUAUAUGAACGAGUCAGCUGGAAUUUUUGGAAAUCACAUAAAAAUCAUGAUGGUAGUUUCGAUGACAGUUUCACCAUGAGAAAGGCUAUUUAUUUUGCUACAAUAGACCCUGUACUUCGCAGAGAAGCUUGGCCAUUCUUGUUGCGUGUAUAUCCAUGGUCCUCAACUUUCGAACAACGUGAAAUCAUACGAAAUGAUAUCUUCAUUGAGUAUCAGAAGAUAAAAAAACAAAGAAUGAAAAAUGCGCCUAAAUCAUCAUGGAUUAAUAUAGAAAAUGCUAUAAUUAAGGAUAUUAUCCAUACGGAUCGUUAUAAAUCAUAUUUUGCGGGUGAUAAUAAUCUAAAUAUCGAUACAAUGAAGAAUAUUUUAUUAAAUUAUGCAGCUGCAUAUCCCGAAAUAGGUUACAUACAGGGUAUGUCAGAUUUGUUAGCACCUCUUUUGAAUAUCAUUCAUGAUGAAUCUGAUACGUAUUGGUGUUUUGUGGGACUUAUGCAGCAGCAAACAUUAUUUGUAUCAACUUCAAUAGAUGAAAGAAAUGUAAUGGAAAUCAAUUUGCAUGAAUUUCCGGAAAAUGAUCUAUUAAAUAUUUGGGAAGCAUGCUGGACUCAUUAUCGAACAUCAUAUUUUCAUUUAUUCAUUGCGGUUGCAAUUAUUUCCAUUUAUGGAAAUGAUAUUAUUGAGCAAUGUCUUCCAAAUGAUGAAAUUUUAUUGUAUUUUAAUUCAUUUGCUAUGCAUUUAGAUGGUACUGUUGUUUUGAAAAAGGCUCGUGGUUUACUGUAUCAAUUUUAUCGUUUAGAUAAAUUACCGUGUACAUUGGCAGAUCUUUGCGAAUCGGAUACAACAGAGCAGUUGGAUGCAAAUAUUCAACACAGAGUAUAUGAAUGUACAAAAAUUCAUGGUGAAAACGAAUCAUGCCCAUUUGCAGAAUCCAAUUAA